AUGUCAGAAGUCGGCACUGUCAACCAGCGCAUCAGAAGUCUGGCAGAAGAAAAUCCUCAGCAACAGUGCUACAAAUUCAUCAGCGUGAAGAACGAGAUUCUAUCGUUGUCACGGCAACAGUUGUUUGAUCUGAGUCGUCGUUUUGCUAGUCGUCUGCAACGACACGAUAUCAAGAAAGGAGAUGUGAUCUGUUCUGUACUCACCAACUCAAGGUCAAGGAUAAUAAUGGACAUGGGUAUUUUGAUGGCGGGCGGCGUCGUCCUAACUGGCCUGCCAGUUUUGUCUGACGGUCAAGAUUUAUUUGGAGCCCUGAGACAUUCCAACUGUUCCAUGGUCAUCACGUCCAGCGCGAGCCCAACAGCCAAGAUCUUUGAGAGAUACGGCCUGUCUAGUAGUGUGGGGGAGAAAGGGAAGUUAAACAGCCACCAAGACCACACAGCUUUCAUCUCUUCUCUCGCUGAUGAACACUUCUACGAGGCAGACGUCAAUGCUGAUGACGAGGCUUACAUUUUCAUGACUUCCGGCAGCACCGGAUUUUCUAAGAUGGUUCCCAGAACCCACAGGGAAUGUCUUGAUCUGGCUGACAACCACUGCCGUAUUUUCACCCAAGAUGACGUCUUGUACAGUGAUCGCCCCUUUGGUUGGCUGGGUGGGUUCCCCCAUUUUUAUCUGACCCAAGGGAUCCCGACCCUGGUUCAAGAAGUGUUCAAUGGGGUCACGGUAAGGGACGUGUCUGAUAUCUGGGGCAUUGUGCUCAACCUGGGAGCGACAUUUACAUUCAUGCCUGUACCUGACGUCAUGCUGCUCAGACAGCAUUAUGCAGAUCACAUUUUUAAGAAGUCAAUCAAGGUCAUCUUGACUGGAGGUCAGCCAAUCAAAAAGAACGUUGUUGCUGUAGUGGGUCAGGUAUGUGAUGUGAUGAUGACUGUCUAUGGCUCAACUGAUGCAGGCUUGAUAACAUAUGGGCUCAUUUCUAUACACAACAAGGAAAGGUUUAAAGACUGCAGAGCUGGGAACAUUCUAUGUCCAGGCCUCCAGCUAAGAUUAGUGGAUGAAAACACCAAACAGGUCUUCACAGAACCGAACCGUGUUGGAAUUAUACACCUCAAAGGUAGGACUGUACUGAGGCGAUAUCUGAACGUGGAGACUACAACAUCUGACAUGUUCACCAAAGAUGGCUGGCUAGACACUAACGAUGCCGGCUACAUUGAUGAUAAAGGUGGAUUGUACGUCAUUGGACGUCAAUCUGACGUCAUUGUGGUAGGUCCUUACAACAUGUACCCUCAGUGGAUGGAGGAGAGGAUUCAGAAAUGUCCAGGUGUUCAGUCUGUUAUGAUCGUAGGACUGCCCCACCCAGUGACCAGCCAGGAGCUGUGUGUUUGUGUCAUCAAGGAGAAGGACGCGAUCUUGACCCUGGCCGAGCUGGAGACCUUCUGUCGGGGCAUGUUCUUGCCGGGGGCCACCAAGUUUGACGGGGUGCCGGAGAAGUUUGUCUUCAUGGACAGUUUCCCGCAUAUUCUGCGCAUUGAUAUCAGUGGUUCUCAACUUGGGGCAAGUAGCUGCUGUGAUCCACGUUACAGUGAGAUCUCUGGGGCACUUUGA